CCUAGAGCCUUGUAGUAUCAGCCAUGGUCAACCCCACCGUGUUCUUCAACGUUGCCGUCAACGGCGAACCCUUGGGCCACGUCUCCUUCAAGUUCUUUGCAGACAAGUUUCCAAAGACAGCAGAAAACUUUUGUGCUCUGAGCACUGGAGAGAAAAGAUUUGGUUAUAAGGGUUCUUGCUUUCACAGAAUUAUCCCAGGGUUUAUAUGUCAGGGUGGUGACUUCAUAUGCCAUAAUGGCACUGGUAGCAAGUCCAUCUACAAGGAGAAAUUUGAUGAUAAGAACUUCAUCCUAAAGCAUACAGGUCCCGGCAUCUUGUCCAUGGCAUAUGCUGGACCCAACACAAACAGUUCCCAGUUUUUCAUCUGCACUGCCGAGACUGAGUGGUUGGUUGGCAGGCAUGUGGUCUUUGGCAAGGUGAAAGAGGCAUGAGUAUUGUGGAGGCCAUGGAGCACUGUGGGUCCAGGAAUAGCAAGACCAGCAAGAAGAUCACCACUGCUGACUGUGGACAA